AUGGCUUCAGACGCAUCGGCUUACAAGCCUAUCCACAGCCUUGUCCUUGACACUGGCCCUCUCAUCAAGAACGAUCCUCCCGCCAACACCCUCCGCGCGAAAGCCGAAAUACUCUACACCCUCCCGUCUAUCAUUUCCGAAAUUCGAGAUGCCGCCACUCGAUCGCGAGUAGAGACGACUCUUCUCCCCUUCAUCACCCUUCGAUCGCCCGGCCCCGCAAGCGUAAAGGUCAUUCGGGACUUUGCGCGAAGAACAGGAGACCUGGCUGUUCUCAGCAAGCCUGAUAUUGACGUUUUGGCUCUGGGGUAUGAACUGGAGUGCGAACGAAAUGGUGGUGACUGGAGAUUGAGGAAAACUCCUGGCCAGAAGGGUGUCAACGGAAAGCCAAACAAACCUGCUGAAUCUGAGAAGACUGAGGAGUCUGAGAAGGUUGAGGAGUCUGAGAAGACUGAGGAGUCUUUGGAGAAGGCUGUCGAUAACUUGACCAUCGAGAACCCUGUCGAGCAGCCUGCGCAGCCCAGCGAGACUGUUCAAGAGCCAAAGCCUACAGUUGAGGAGUCCCAGCCUACAGCCGAGACCCAGCCUACGGUCGAGGAACCCAAGCAAGCAGCCGAGGACACAGUCGAGGCGACUACAGCCCCAGAGACUGCCGAAGCCGAUACCCCAACUGCAGACACUGAAGAUACCCAAGCCUCUGGCGAAAAGGCCGACGAGACAAUUGAAGCUGUCGAAGAAGCCUCCGAGGAGGAACCCUCCGACGACGAAGGCGGCUGGAUCACACCCUCCAACCUGAAGAAACAUCAAGCCGCAACAACUGGCGCCGCACCUUCAACACCCGUUCAAAAAACCCUACAAGCCGCCGUUCUCACCUCCGAUUACGCCAUGCAGAACGUCGCACUUCGAAUGAACCUCAACCUUGUCGCUCCCUCGCUCGCGCGCAUCACGCAUCUCAAGAACUGGGUCCUUAGGUGUCACGGCUGUUUUAAGGUCACAAAGGAGAUGGACAAGCAGUUCUGUCCUUCGUGCGGUCAACCUACACUCACCCGCACCAGCUGCUCUACCGACGAGCACGGCAACUUUAAGUUGCAUCUCAAGAAGAACUUCCAGUGGAACACUCGCGGCAAUGUCUACAGUGUGCCCAAGCCUGUUCACGGCUCGUCCAACGGGCGUCUUGCCAAGAACGCUGGCGGAAAGAACAAUUGGGGAACGACUCUGAUUCUGGCAGAGGAUCAAAAGGAGUAUACACGGGCAGAGACUGAGCAGAAGCGCCAGCGCAAAAAGGACAUUAUGGAUCAAGAUUAUCUUCCUGAUAUUCUAACAGGGCAUCGGUCUGGCGGCGGUGGAAAGAUUCGCGUGGGAGCAGGACGUAACGUAAAUUCCAAGAAGAAACACUAG